CGGAAGCCUUCUAUUUACGCGAGAUGAAGCCCCAAAAGACCAAACCGGAUUCUAAAUCCCAACCCGAUUGAAGUUUCUUUCAGUUAUAUUUAGGCCGAGCGGCGACUGCUUCGUUUCGCCCUCCAACGAAGCGUCGAGGCCUCGACUCGCUGAUUCGCGGGCGCUCGCCCUCGACGGCCGAAACAUUUCCUCGCCAUGGAUCCCUCCAUCAUGAAGCUCCUCGAGGAGGACGAGGAUGAGAGCAUGCACUCCGGCGCCGACGUGGAGGCCUUGUCGGCCGAGCUGAAUCGCGACAUCGGCGGUGAACCCGCCGCGAUCGUCCAGCCCCCGGAGUCCGAUGCAGGACAAGUAAUUGGGCAGUGGCAAACUUCCGGUGAGAUAGAAAAUGGCAGGGAAAUCCAACAAAAGGAACACAGACAACAUUUAGGAUCGUCAGAACAGCAUUCAACUGGAGGAGGGUUGAUUCAGCCACCAUAUGUUGCCAAACCUCAAGAUGAACAAGAACAGGUAAAGAAACUUGAGCAAAGCAAUAUCCUGGAAUCAAACACAGCUGAGGGACCAAAGCAGGAGGUCACUCAGCAGUCUGAAAACUUGCACCAGCAGAACAUAGCGCAGCAGUCAAAUAAACAGAUACCUACUACCAACCUAGCAAGCAUAUCUUCUAAUCAUUCUGAGGGUCAUCAGCAGCAUGUAGUGCAGCAGUCAAAUACUCAACAAAUACCCCCUUCUAACCAAGCAAACUUGGUGAUGAGGAAAACUAAAGCUGCUUCUUCUAUACCAUUUCAGAUGCUGAUUCCAAUUUUACAGCCUCACCUUGACAAAGAUAGAUCCAUGCAGCUUCAGGCUAUCUUUACUAAACUUAGGAAUAAUGAAGUCAGCAAAGAAGACUUUCUGAGAGCCACAAGGAACAUUGUUGGGGACCAGAUGCUUCGGCAAGCAGCUCAAAAGAUCCAGAUGCAGGCUCCUGCUUCCUCUCAGCAAAUUUCUUCUAGUGGUGCUCAACAGAUCACUGGGCCACAAUCAUUUCCAGCAUCCCAUUCCAUGCCACAAUCUCAGAAUCUGAAAGCCAAUGGAUCACCUCCCCGUCAACCGUAUGUACCUUCUACAACAUUUCAAGUGCAUCCUGGCACAAGUUUUACAAGUCCCCGGAACAAUACUAAGAAGUCUCAAGAAGUUGAGACAGGGUCAGAUGGCAAGGGACCCCAUUCUGUGCAAAAUUUUACUAACAACACGAAUAUGGCCAAUCCAGAAAGAGACGUUUCAAUGGUUUCAUUACAGUCAGUUAACAAGCAGCAACAGGCCACACAUAUUCCGCAAUCAUCUUUCUCGAUAUCUGGAAGCACAAGUGGUUAUCAUACCCAAGCAUAUCCAAGGCCAUCUGUGAGUUCCUCAACUUCUCCCAGACCAUCUAAUGUAGAUUCACAUACAAGACAAGUUUCCCGUACUCAGGGAGUUGUUUCAACACAAAUAAGGCCAACCCAAUCCACGAACAUAAUGAAUGUGCCUAAAUAUGAUCAAAAUGCUGCUAAUGAAAGCAAAAGACAACAAGCUGGUCCAUCGACAAGCCAUUUUGCCUCCCAGCACAACCCACUUGCACGACAAUUGGACGCAAACAAAGAGCAAAAUGAUAGUGGUUUCAAGUCAAUGGCUUAUGUGAAGCAAGAGGUUGUUGAUCAAUCAUCUGAACCUCCAAACAAGUCUCACAUUGUACCUUCAGGAGUCACUUCACUUCGUACAGCUCAUGUUAACCAAAAAAAUUCUGCACUUGGAUCCUCAAGUAUGAUGGGAACAACUCAGGUUUCAGGUCCUGUGCCUAUCCAGACGGACCAAAGUGUGCAGGUGUCAUCUGCAACUCUUCCACUUUCUGGGGCAACCAUGAAAACUCCCUCAAAGAAACCAACUGUUGGGCAGAAGAAGCCUUUGGAAGCAUUAGGCUCGUCUCCUCCCAUGUCCAGCAAAAGGCAGAAGACAUCUGGUACUUCUAUUGAUCAAAGCAUUGAACAACUAAAUGAUGUUACGGCUGUUAGUGGAGUUGAUCUAAGGGAAGAGGAAGAGCAACUAUUAUCUGGCCUGAAGGAGGAGAACCAAACUUCAGAAGCAACCCGAAGGGUUGUACAAGAAGAAGAAGAGAGGUUGCUUUUGCAGCAGGCCUCCCUUCGGAAAAAGCUCUCAGAUAUCAUGUUCAAAUGUAGUUUGAAGAAUAUAGGUGGUGAUGUGGAGCGUUGCUUGUCAAUGUGUGUGGAGGAGCGUUUGAAGGGGUUGAUAUGUUAUCUCAUAAGACUGUCAAAACAGAGGGUUGAUCUUGAAAAAUCUAGGCACCGGUUUGUAAUCACUUCAGAUGUACGGCAUCAAAUUUUGUUAAUGAACCAAAAAGCCAAGGAAGAGUGGGACAAAAAGCAGGCUGAAGAGUGUGACAAGCUUCGAAAAGUAAAUGAAAUGGAUGGAAGUGCAGGGGUUGAUGCAGAGAAGGACAAAGAAGAAGGCCGUUCAAAGACCCUUAAGGCUAACAAGGAAGAGGAUGAUAAAAUGAGAGCAACUGCUGCAAAUGUUGCAGCCCGAGCUGCUGUCGGUGGAGAUGAUAUGCUGUCAAAAUGGCAACUCAUGGCUGAGCAGGCUCGGCAGAAACGUGAUGGAGUUGAUGGGGCCUCUGGUUCCCAACAAGGUAAAAGUGCAAGCAGCAAAUCAUUAUUGAGCUCAGGAAGAGGUUCAAAAGAAAAGCAAGAAUUUGAAAAGAAAGGUUCCUCUGCCUUUUGUACAUCUGGGAGCAUGAGAAGAUUCGGCAGGAACAGUGCCCAGGCAUCUCAUCCAAAAGUGGCACGCAAGAUUUCUGUUAAAGAUGUGAUUGCAGCCCUUGAGACGGAGCCUCAGAUGUCAAAAUCAUCUUUGAUCUACCGCCUGUACGAGAGACUGUCCGGUGAUUCUCCAGUAGAAUAGUUUGAAGGGCGAGCGUCAUCCAUGACCUCCAAGUUGCUCCCUUCUCUGUAAGCUCAGGCUGUUCCAAUGGCCUCCAAAUUAUAGGCUUGGGCUGAUCGAACUUUCCAAAGCAGUUGAACCACUCAAAACGACGAGGAUAAGUUUCUGCAACUAAUAGCACCUGAGGCUUCUAUCCGUGCAGGAUGUGGGGGAGGAUUCAUGGGAUUCACAUGCGUUUCCCAGUGUCUCAUCGUCAUCAAUCUGAUAAUAAAUUCUUUUAUUUUAUAGUGAGUCGUUCAAUUAUGUUUUGCAAUGAUAUCAGUGGUUUGGAGAUUGAUCGACAAACAAUUAUCACCCUGUGAUUCAAUGAACACUUUCUGUGUGUGCUCAGAUGCACCAGGAGACUUAUCCACUAAAAGCAGUUCGAAAGUGUAU